GAGUGGCAGAGUUCUGAUUUAAAACCACAGUCAAGAAACUAAUCCAAAAAAAAAAAAAAAAGUGAGCAUUUAAUCAUUACCAUUACAGCUUCUGAGGACACCAAGCACCAAAGAAUCUGUUUUCUUCAAUGUUUUAGUAUGAAAAAUACCCAAGAAAUUGAAAGUAGAAAGAAGAAUAUUAUGAACUCUAACGUACCCACCACCCAGCUUCGAGGAAGUCCUUGAAUGUGGGAAUUUGGUUGGGGGCUCAGAGCAGGGGAUGGCGGGGGUCAGGGAGGAGAACCACCCAGAUCUCCCAGACCCCCUUUCACACACACACAAGCUCACACGCACCCGUGCACCCGCACCGCAGGCUCUCAGAUUCCACUUGCGGCAGACUCAGUGGGGCACCGCGGCUGCCCUCCCUCUCUCCACCUCCAACCAGCUCCUUCCUCCUUGCUACCGACUUGCAUUUUUCCGGCCGCCUCCUCUGUAGGUCUCUGGUUCUCCUCCAAAGCCUUGACAUUUUGCCAGCCCUGGAGGACAAAGGAGGAAUGGCCAGGGGCCCUGACAGUAUGCCACAGUGGGCAAUCCUGGUAGUGCUGACCACCAUGGGCACAGCUGUGACAGCGGCCACCAACCCUGGCCUCCUGACCAGGAUCUCCCAGAAGGGCCUGGACUACGCCUGCCAGAAGGGAGUAGCCAUGCUACAGAAGGAGCUGGAAAAGAUCAAGAUUCCUGACUUCUCUGGAAACUUUAAGAUCCAACACUUGGGGAAAGGGUAUUACAGCUUCUACAGCAUGACCAUCCUCGGAUUCCAGCUUCCCAGUCCCCAGAUAAGACUGGAGCCCCAGGUGGGCCUCAGACUCUCCAUCAGCAAAGCCAAUGUGAAGAUCAGUGGGAAGUGGAAGGGAAAAAAGAAUUUCUUCUCAGCCAGUGGCAAGUUUGACCUGAGCAUAGAAGGCGUCUCCAUCUCGGCUUUUCUGAACCUGGGCAGUGACCCCACCUCCGGCCACAUCACGGUGGCCUGCUCCAGCUGCAGCAGCCACAUCAGCAACACCCGCCUGCGCAUCUGGGGCAGCACCGUGGGGUGGCUGAUUCAACUCUUCCAUAAGAAAAUCGAGUCGUCUCUUCGAAACACCUUGAACAGCAAGAUCUGCAAGUUUGUGGCCAAUUCUGUGUCCACCAAGCUGCAAGCUUAUGUCAAGAAUUUUCCAGUGACCACCCAAAUAGAUGCUGUGGCUGGGAUUGACUACCGUCUGGUGGCACCUCCGAUAACCACAGCUGAGAACCUGGACGGGCAACUGAAGGGGGAGUUUUUCAGCCAGGCACACCGCAGCCCACCUCCCUUCACCCCGCCGGCAAUGGCAUUCCCCGAAGACCACGACCGCAUGGUGUACCUGGGCAUCUCCGACUACUUCUUCAAUACGGCCGGGCUCGUGUACCAAGAGGCUGGAGCCCUGAAGCUCACCCUCCAGGACCACAUGAUGCCCAAUGGAUCCAAAUUCCUACUGACAACCAAGUCCCUUGGAAACGUCCUUCCUCAGGUGGCCAAGAUGUUCCCCAACAUGAAGGUGCAGCUCCAGGUCUCCGUCUCAACCCCACCACAGCUGAACAUGCAGCCCACAGGCCUUACCCUCACCCCGAAGCUGGAGGUCCAGGCCUUUGUGAUCCUCCCCAACUCCUCCCUGGUCCCCCUCUUCCUGCUCAGCAUGACGGCGAGUGCUGCCUUGGAGGUCGGUGCCAGGUCCAACAGGCUUGUUGGAGAGCUGCAGGUGGACAGGCUGAUCCUGAAACUGAAGCGCUCCAACAUCGGCCCCUUCCAGGUGGAGUUGCUGCAGACUGUCAUGGACUACGUAGUACACACUGUGCUGCUGCCCAGGGUCAACGAGAAGCUGAAGACAGCCUUCCCCCUCCCCAUGCCUGCCCGGGUCCAGCUCUACAACCUGCUGCUUCAGUCCCACCAGAAUUUCCUGCAGUUCGGAGCCGACGUUAACCUUGUGUGAGGUCAUCGGGGGUACAGCGGGGUAGGGGCCAUGGCCCGGGCCACCUUGCUCCAGGGAAUCCUAGCUAGAUCUUGAUUGAGAGCCCCUUGCAAAUUUCUCUGAACUCAGAUCCAGAAAUGAUUUAAACAUGGGGAGCCUGAUCAUUGGAAAAGAGCGUGGUGCGUAUUUCAAGGUUUCUGGGCACCUGUCAACGUCGUCUUCACAAUGUAUCCUCCAGGAAUCGCGUUUUGAUUGUAACUGUAAUAUUUCUCUUUGGGUUUCCCCCUCCCAAAAAAAAAAAAAAAAA